ACCGAAUUUGAGACAGAACUGAAAUCUGCUGGUGAGAAGCUUAUAGUAGUUGAUUUUUCUGCCACAUGGUGUGGACCAUGCAAAAUGAUCAAGCCCUUCUUCCACAGUUUGUCUGAGAAGUAUGGUAAUGUGGUGUUCAUUGAAAUUGAUGUGGAUGAUGCCCAGGAUGUUGCUUCCCACUGCGAUGUGAAGUGCAUGCCAACGUUCCAGUUCUACAAGAAUGGAAAGAAGGUGCAGGAGUUCUCUGGGGCCAAUAAAGAGAAGCUGGAAGAGACCAUUAAAAGUUUAGUCUAAUCUCCAGCCAUGGAGACAUUGAAGCAUGAGUGCUUCGGCUAAAUUAUAGCCCAAAACUUUUCUACUUUAAAAAAAAAAAAAAAUAGCUAAAUAAGCUAGCUAGGUGAAGUGGUGGAAACUAUAAUCUUGAUCUAUGUAAAUGAGUACAAUAAAGUGUAAAUUCUUCACUUUU